AUAUAUUGGUUCACCAACCUUCCUACUUUGUUGGUAUAUAAAAGGCACUACUCCAUUCCCACAACUCUUCAUUCCAUAACCACCCAACUGAGAAUCCUUUCUUUUUUGUUUCUCUUCACUUUCUUUUUCAUACACAUAACCAUGUCUUCUGAGACUGUUAUCCUCAAUGUGAAAAUGUCAUGCACGGGCUGUUCAGGAGCAGUCAAUAGAGUUUUGGAAAAAAUGCAAGGUGUAGAAUCAUUUGAGAUUGAUAUGAAGGAACAAAAGGUGACUGUGAAAGGAAAUGUGAAGCCACAAGAUGUUUUCGACACUGUUUCCAAAACCGGAAAGAAAACUGCAUUCUGGAUGGAGCCUGAAAACAAGCCUAUAGAAACUCCAACUGAAGUUGAACCUGAAAACAAACCUUCAGAAGCUGCAGGUAUUGUUUCUGUUGAGCCUGAUAACAAGUCCACAGAAGCUGCAACUGAGGUUGAACCUGAAAACAAGUCCAGAGAAACUGCAACCAUUGGAGCUGUUGAGCCUGACAACAAGCCUUCUGAAACUGCCACUGUUGCUGCCUAAGAAACUGAUACUUGUUUUAUUUCUAUUUGCAAAUUAUUCUAUGUUAAAUUUAAAAAUGAUCUUUGUGGGUAUCUAAGCUACAACUACUUUCUUAUUUUGCACUUAUGAUGAAUACUUUAAGUAACUAUUUCUACUUAAUCA